AUGGGUCGUAAGGCGGCACCACAGCCGCUGGCGCUUUCGUCUCAGUCUCAGUCUUCGACCCAGUCCCAAACACAAACACAAGUCCAAGCCCAGUCCGAUUCUGACGCUGCUUUACGCAACAAAGACAGCCCGCUAACUGCUGAAACCGUUUCCCCGGCUGUAUCGCCGGUCGAGUCCAAAUCGCCCCGGUCUCCCCGCUCCUCUCCUUUCCAUAGUCGAUUCUCGCCCUUGAGAAACCAGGGCAGCAAGCAAAAACAAAAGAAAUCAUCAAACACAACUGCAGCAUUGACGACUGUCCCCAGUCAAGGAGAACCGUCACUGUCAUCGUCCGCGCCAGCGUCAGCGACUACACAACGACCCUCAACUUCCGCGGCGACCACCGGAUGGAGUAACAGAGAAGAGCCCACUUCACGACCGCCCUUACGACAUACACGCGAGGAUCCCUCGACUUAUCCUUCCAUCUCAUCUACUUUGGAAGAACGAUUUCCUGAUCCACCCGCGUCUGCUGGGACACCGUCGCCGUCCGAAGUACGGCAACAAGCCUUGAGCGAACCGAAAAAGAGCUCCAAGAACGGCUUCUUCCAUUUCAACAAACAAUCCAAGUCUUCCAGCCAAUUCCAACCUCAUGCCCACUACCGUAAGAAGACAGAGACCAGAGCUCAGGUAAUGUCGAGGGGUAGUGACGGAUCUAAUCAAACAAGACACAGAGAGAAAUCUGAUCCCACAUAUCCCGAACAUACACUCCAUAAACCUACCUCCGCCGAUCCCUUACGAAGCGACUUAUCUGUAUCAUCUGCUGGUGACUACGAGGCCGCUUCACCCCAAUCGUCAACAAGAAAAGGCAGGUCUAAACCUUUUGGCAUUUUAAAUCGCAGCCGGUCCAAUCGCGACAAAGAAGACGCCAGCCCCGAGCUCAAACCUGUUACUUCUCCCCGACAAGGUAACGAGCCGGAACUACAUCUUAAUUCUGUACCGUACAAAGCCGGCAACCAAGCCAACGAUCGAUCGAUUCGGGACAUGAUGAAUUCCGCCGUCCGAAAUCGAUCCGAGGACCGCGCGCCGAGAGAUACGUCUUCGACGAGAAAAGCGCAACGCGAUAAAGAACCGAAGACUCAACCUUCCUCUCUGAACGAGAACGGAGGAUCUUUCUUCAACGGUCUAAAGAGCUCGGGAACUCGCGCGGCUGGUAUGCUGAGCGACCGCUUCUUCAAGGGUGGACGAGGUGGUCGCGAAGACAAGGAAGCUUUGGAUGAUGAACACUAUCAGCUCAAGGUUAUCAAUCUACCACUUGUUGAGCAAACACGGUUGACACGAAUUUCAAAGCGACUCGAGGACUCGAGAGAUAAGACGGAAUUUUGGAUGCCGGCUUUUCCGUGGAGGGCAAUUGAUUACUUGAACUAUAAAGGAUGUGAGGUUGAGGGUCUUUAUCGUGUUCCGGGUAGUGGCCCCCAGAUUAAGAAGUGGCAGCGAAAGUUCGAUGAGCAGUACGAUGUCAAUCUUUUUAACGAGCGCGACCUAUACGAUAUCAACAUCAUUGGCUCGAUGCUCAAAGCAUGGCUACGAGAGCUUCCCGACGAGUUGUUCCCUAAAGCGGCGCAGGAUCGAAUUUCGAAAGAAUGUGCAGGCUCAGAAGAAGUCCCCGAGCUUCUUGUCGAAGAACUCUCAAACCUCUCCCCUUUCAAUUACUACUUGCUUUUUGCCAUUACAUGCCACCUCAGUCUUCUCUUGGCUCACUCGGACAAAAAUAAGAUGGAUUUUAGGAACCUUUGCAUCUGUUUUCAGCCAUGUAUGAAGAUUGACGCAUUUUGCUUCAAAUUCUUGGUAUGCGACUGGCGCGACUGCUGGCGAGGAUGCAAGAACGAGGCCAAGUAUAUCGAGGAGGAAUAUGUGAUUUUUGAUCAGCCCCCACCAAGAGGUCUCGCUGAGCCAGCCAAGCCAAGACCCCAAGAAGAGUCAGAAGAUGAUCGGCAACAACUCUCCUCCUCUGGUAGCAGCAAAAAGUCAGACCGCCACAGUCCCGGCAAUCAGAACUCAAAGCUGAAGAAGAAGCAGCUCCAGAUAUCCCCCUCGAGCGGAAGUGUCGCCUCGACCAACUCGUCUGCCCCAGCCACCUUGAAUACCAAUAAUGACCACGAUGUACAAAGACCCUCAACCGAUAUACGACCGCUAUCACCCAUCAUGCCUCUAUCGCCUCUCGGCUUCUGA